CCAAAACGCCGCGGAUCCUGACCAAAUAUUUGCCCGAUUGAAUCCUAUUGCACUAGCCGCCUUGUAUAGUAAUACAUUGGGUCUGUACUAUGUCUAUGAGCGGGCUGUGCUACUGACUGGGUUUCUAUGAGCUCCUAAUGGCCGCUCGUCUUCAUCCACUAACAUGGAGAAUAUGGCUCCUUCUCUUUGUGUCAGCGCACAGCCAUUGCACUGCAUGCAAUAGAGGGCAGAGCGACCGUGGCGACCACUUCAUUUCAACCGUCUAUUUAAACCAUUAAACAGCAUCGGAAAAAUCUCAAAAUGGCCUCGUUGGAAAGAUGAAAGAUGGAAUUUUCUUUUGCCGUCGUUACAUCUCAUAGUUGCGGGUUUGUUUCGCGAGAAAACCAGGUUAGAAAAAGUUGAUCUGAACUGCGCCUCUGUCGCUGGCUUCCCAUUUGCCUCGCUGCCUUGUUUCCUAUGCGAAUACAGUCAGCCAUUACAGUAAAGCGCAGAUCGAAGAAGAUUUUUUUCAUCGACUUGUGAGUCUUCACAUGACAGGCAUCAGCUUCGCAAUGCACUGCAAUGGCAAUGGCUAACGAUGAGGGCUGAAGGAUGUAUGCAUCACUUCAUUGUCAUUGUCACAGUCUCGGUCUCAGAGGAGGAGGCUCUUCAUGAAGUAAAGCUCUUCAUGGCUGGUGCCACCUACAUGAACAAUAGCAGUUUUAUGCACUUCACUGAAAGACCGAGAGGAGGCAGCAGCUGCGGAACCUUUGUCCAUCAGUGGUGUGUUGUUUCUGAAGGAAACGGAAGGCUGCGACACCGCCGGCGGAAAAAGGACGAUUCCCACACGAAAUGAAACGGUGCACAUGGAGCUAACCACGACCUACAGGCCAUCAGCGAAUAUAUUAUUUUGUAUAUUACAGAAUACAAGGCUGUAGUAAGGAAUAUGUAAUUAUUAGGUUUUGCUCUGUUGGUGGUGAGCCAGGUGGUGGUGACAUGGUAAUAUUCACGGAUUGGUUUCUGUCCCCUGUGAUCUCAAGAAGCGCCUGUGGUUUGCCAAUGGCUGGCGAAGACACUGGUUUGGAGGCUGUAGCCUCACCGAUGGUGGGGUAUUUGGGAAAAGUUCAGGAAAGAGCUGCUUCCAUGGACCACUGUCCCUGGUGCCAUGCAAAGGAUCAGACCUAUGCUCUGCGCUCCUAUCACUUAAAUUUAGAGGAGUCAAUAAAGCUCUGCACAAACCCACAGUGCCUAUUUCCAUUGGUCAGUCGGCCUUUGGAGGAUGUUUUGGCGAGCUUGGAGCCUGUGGAGUCGGCUGCUGGAACCAAAAGGAAAAGUCCCUUAACACUUGAGGCCAAUAAUGAACCCUCACCAAAACGCCCACGAUUAAAAGAACUUGAAAGCUCAGAGUCACAAACAAGUGCUUCCAAAGAUGACAAUGUGCACAAUACGGUUGAUACCUGCAAUGGACGAGCUUUAGAUGUGGAACUUGUAGAUGGUCAUUGUGAUGGCUCAGAAACAAACCAAUUGGAAUUGCAUCAACAAAAAGUCUGUAUUCGUGAUAAGGACUUGGAUUCUUGUACAGAUAAUCAAAAUGUUUUCCUGGAAACAACUGAGGACAAGGAAGACUUCUCAAAAACCUUACAAACAAUCAACAAUCAAGAAGAGCUUUCCUGUAUUGAUGCCAGACUAAAUGGAAAAGGCCAUAGCUUUGCAAAAAUGGUGACACUGGAUAGAGGCUGCAGUUUACUAGAUGGGGAUGUAUCUCCUAUUAAGAAUAAUCCAUUGCCUGUGCAGACUGAAGCUUUGGGAACCACCAAACCCAUGUUGAUUGUUCAGAACAUGUCGAUGCUUUCGGAUACUGAAGUUAUCCACUCAGAAACUGAUAACAUGUCUUUUACAGAAACAAACCCCGAGAAGGAGCUUGUUUCUGCUCCAGUUGAAAUUUUCUGGAAAAAUAAAGAUAACCUCUGCUGGCUGGACUCUCUGCUUGUAGCUUUAGUUAAUUUAAGGAGCCUAAGGAACUUAAAACCCAAAGAUGAGCCUGAACAGUCGCUAAUGUCGACACUUCUGGCAGGUUUUGAUGAAGCAUAUGCAACCAUUCAGAGUCAACAACAGACUGACAAAGGUGGCUUUUUGAAGGUCCCAAAACACUUGUUGCACAAAAUCAACACAGAUCUUGAAACUUUACGGAUGUCAAUCUUCAGUCGUCUGCAGCCAAAGCUUCAAUGCAAACUUGGUGAGAAUGAAACUCCAGUUUUUGCUCUGCCUCUCUUGCUGAAACUGGAUUCUUGGUUGGAGUCACUCUUCCAGUCCACAUUUUACUGGGAUUUUAGAUGCACUGAAUGCAAAAGCAACACAAAAGAGAAUGUUGUGAAGACGCUUCCCACUUUCACAAACAUUGUUCCUGAUUGGCAUCCACUCAGAGCAGUUCACCUGGCCCCCUGCAACAACUGCCACAAGAAAAACCAGAGACGGAAAAUGGUGCUACAGGGAGUUCCCCCUGUGUUUGCCCUGCACUUUGUUGAGGGACUUCCUGACAACAACAUACAAGUCUAUAACUUCAGCUUCAAGAAAAAGCCCUACUCAGUCACAGCUAUCAUUCAGUACAGCAGUCAACUCAAGCACUUUGUCACUUGGAUUCAUAAAUCUGAUGGGUUAUGGGUGGAGUUUGACGAUUUGAAACACCCUCACUGUCAAUCGUUCAAGACUCUCCCAGUGCCAGCUCACGAAAUCCAUGUUGUUUUUUGGGAGGAAGAGCAGCGCCAGGCGUCUCGGGCAUGUUCUCCAUCCACCACCUUCACAGAAUCUCCCCCAUCCACAAAGCACAUCAACCACAGUGCAACAGACUUGGACAUUAUCACAAAUGAGCUGCUGCAAUGCUCUCCUGACCAGUCGCUUCUUAAUCCCCAAAACAUUUCCGACAUUACGGACUGCAUCUCUGAACAGGACACCACAGUUACAGCAGAGGUUGAUACAACAAUUGGUUCCACUACGCUACUAGACACCUUUGAAGGACUAACGCAUAAUGACAUUGUCACACUUACAUUAGUUGAAAUUAAGGAAGACUCCAAACAGCCACUUUCCAAUUCAACCGAGUGUGAAACUGAACAAGUGAAAGAUUUAAAAAGUCAAAAUGUUAACAGUGAAAUACAGGAUUCAAUCAAAGAUGCUACUGCGCCUGCUCCAGACAGUUCGACCAUAGAGACAAUAGAAAAAUCUCAGGAGAAUGAACUUUCUUCUGAGUCUGAACCAGAAGAUUCUGUAUCUGAAGAAGACAACCUGGCUAAUGAUCCAACUUUUGAGCCUCAAUCUAAAAGAAGACGAAAGAGAGCAAGGACAGUGACUACUAAACAAGUUAAAAGACCUAAAGUAGAUGCUCAAAAAGGAAAUAUUACUAAAAGUAUAUUCACUACUCCUGUUCAAUGCAAAUCUAGUCGUUCUGCAACUUCAAAGCCCAUUUCUCCGGUCUCCUCUACUGUACCUACACUUCUAAUUGUCCCUCAAGCUCCUUCGUUGAUCCAACCAGAGCAAAAAGGCUGGUCCCACCUGCUUGAACGGUCACUUGGGCACAUACAGAACACAUCUAAAAUCAAUUUGAACCAGAAGCCAGCUAUACAAUUGAAGAGGGUGAAUCCUAUCCCAUCAACCCCACAGCAGAGGGGGGCUGUGACAGUUAAAGUCACGCCUAAACCAGUGCUUAAGACAGAAAACAGUGAAGGUCUGCCUUUGAAAGCAGCAGACAUGUAUGGAGCGUUUGGAUCCAAGAACACAAAACCCAAUUCUGCUACUACAAAUGUAAAUAAAAUGCCUCUUGAGUCACCUGUUCAUAAAGCUAUAAAAGAUAACACAGUCGUUAAUAAUAAUUCACAAAAUACGUCAAUUGCGGGACUUGCCAAUAACAUAACAUCCUAUAAGAAAAUAAAAUCAUCCAAAAUGCCUUCAGGACUAAGUGAGACUGAAGCGCUUAGGUACAAGCUCUUCAAAAAAUUAAAAGCAAAGAAGAAAAAACUAGCAAAGUUGAAUGAAAUGUUGGGACAGUCAGGAAGAGACAGCUUUAAACCGGAUAGCACUAAUAAUUUUUCACCAAACACAGUCACCUCCAGCACUUUGGAUGACGAGUUUUUCUCAGAUCUCCUCUCCCCAGCUACUACAAUAACUAGUAACUUGUCACCAGAUAGCACGGACUUCCUGGAGAUGUUGGCUAACGGACAAGAAGCCACUGUGAGGGCAGAGAUAUCAUCAAAUACAGUGGUACAGCCAUCUACUGGGGCAGAUGGGGCAGACUUUUUAGAUGAAUUUAUGUCUCAGGCUGCAGUCGAAAGACCGAGUGAGAUGGAAGAAGAUGCACUCAGUGCGUUAGACCUGUUUCUCUAAGAUGGAUUUCUGUUUUAGUGCAGCAGUAGGUACAUUUUUACACCUCCAAGUCUAAAACAAACUUUUCCAAUGUUUUAAUCAAUAGCGUUAAAUCAUAUACUGGAAAAUAGGGGAAAAAAAUUCUAAGAACUACAAAGGAUUUUUGGCUUAUGUUCUGUCACUGAUGUUUUUAGUUUUAGAAUAACUUGUAUGCCCCUCAAAGCACAAGUUGUGUACUAAUGUAAAACUUGGGUAAUAUGCAAGAUUCCUCUUGACUUUGUUAAGGUGUUAUUUUAGUUAAAGCCACUGACCGUGAACCUUUUAUACCAUGCAAACAAGAGUGUAAUUAAGAAAACAAAGUGACUGCUAAGUGCGCCUAGCCAGUUAGUCCUUUAAAUCUUUUUCCCAGAAAUAGUUCUUCCAAACCAUUAAAAAGUUCUUAUUUUAGCAAACUUAUUUUGUAAUUAAUAAAUCCAUUGCUAGUUCAAAACAAUUUUCUCAUUGUUUGCACUGCCACAACUGCGUAGUCUUCAUUACAUCUCAUUUGCUUUUUGUUGAAGACUGAAAUAAAGGGAUGGUUCAAAAAAAUCUUGCAUAUUUCCUAAGAUUUAAAUCUUUAAAGAAUAAUACAAAAGUCUGUAGAGUCUUAGACAAGCAGCAGACCGUUCCUUCAUUUAUUUGUACUCUAUUUUCCCCUUACACACUGUAUUUUGCACAUUGAUUGUAUUAUAGUAUUCUUGUUUGAAGUUAUGUUUACAGAUGUAGCUGCUGGUUUGUGUCAUCUUUUAGAUGUUACUUGAAGAAUGCCAUGUUUAAUUGGCUUCAGCUGUAAAAAAUGUGUUUUUCAAAAUUUAAAUAUUAAAUUGGUUAACUUUU